AUGCAGAUCUUUGUCAAGUCCCUCGCGGGCAAGACGAUCACCGUCAAGGUCGACCCAGGGGACACCAUCUACGUUGUGAAGGCUAAGAUUCAGGAUCAGCAGAGCCUUAUGUUUGGCAAUGAGGAGCUGGAGGAUGGAUUAACUCUGGCUGAUUACGACAUUGAGGAUGAAUGCACCCUUCACUUUGAUCUGCGGCCCCAGAGAAGGAAGAUGCUAAUCUUAAUCAAAACGUUGACAUCCAAGAUCUUUGCUCUUGCGGUCGAUAACUUGGAAACAGUGGAAAGUGUCAAGGCUAAUAUACAGGUUGAGAAGGGCAUUCCUGUGGACACGCAGAGGCUCAUCUUUGCCGGGAAACAGAUGGAAGAGUGUCACACCUUGGGGGAGUAUGGCGUCAAGCAGCAGGACACGAGUCACCUUGUGCUCCGCCUCCGUGGAUGA